UUGCAGUUAUAGCCAUAAACUAAUAAUUAUGACAUCUAUUGCGAGGAGUAUCUUCUUGUUUGUUUUUAUUGUUGUAGUAGCUGUACAGACGGUUCAAGGUAUAAAAUGUUGGGUUUGUGAUGGGAAAAGGACUCUGAAAGCAUGCCAUGCACAAUACGGAAAGAUGCUUGAAUGUCCAAACGCUGACGAUGUAUGCCAAAAUGACUACAGGACUGCACAGGGUAAACCUCUCAUUACAAAAGGAUGUAAACAAGCCAAAGCAUGCGAAACGGAAGUCAAACAGAACAAGGAUAAGAAUCAAUGUGGAAGAAAAAGAUUAAUUAAAAACAUGGUCUGCAGAUGUUGUUGCUCAUUUUCUGGCUGUAAUUCUAAAGAAUCUGGAUGUUUGCCACCUCCAGCACCAUGCAAGAGAAUACCACAAUUAAAGAACGGCCAAACCAGGUGCCCAGUAGACAUCGAUUUCGGAUCACAAUGUUUCUUCAGAUGUCAUCAGGGCUACGAAAUGAAAGGCAAAAACAAGGCAAGGUGCUUAAGAUUGUCAAAGGGAAGUAAAAAAGGCCGUUGGAACCCUGAAAAGUUGCCAGUGUGUGAAAAGGUCAUUGUACGCUGUGAUCCGCCAAGAGUUGCCCCAACAAAUGGCUUCAUACAAUGCAAAAACGCAUUAGAAUUUGCCAAAGAAAGUGACCUCAACUAUGAAGGAUCUAAAUGCUCAUAUCAGUGCAAAGCGAAUUACUAUCUUAAAGGUAAAGCAAACUCUGUAUGUGCUAACAGCGGUAGGUGGAAUAACCCGGAACCUAGAUGUGAGAUGGGGCAGUGUGAAAACAUGGAAAACGAUCCAAACAGAAUAGAAACUUGUACAGACAACUACAAUUUCGGUAGCACGUGUACAUUUAGCUGUAAGGAAGGGUUCAAUUUGAUAGGAAGCAAACGUUCAGAAUGCCUUCAGUCGGGUCGCUCAGCUCAGGGACAAUGGUCCAGAACAUUUCCUCGAUGUGCUGAAGUAAUUUGUAAUCCAGUUCUUACAAAUCCCGCUUAUGGUAAGGUAUCCUGCACAAAAGAAAACUUCAAAGGAAGCGUGUGCACCUAUACGUGCAACGAAGGUUAUGAUUUGGAUAAAACAAACCGAACGUCUGUUAGUUCGGUUUGUGAAGAUGACGGAAACGGCGAUGCGUUUGGAAAGUGGAGUGCAGAUGCCCCUACAUGUUCGGAGAUAAAAUGCGAACCCGCAUUCGUUGAUCCGGUUGGUGGUCAAGUGGUUUGCACAAAUCGCAAUAGAUUCGGCAGUGUUUGUACUUUUUCUUGCAAUUCACAAAACGACUUGGAUGAUACAACUCAACCAACAAUGGAAUCAACGUGUCAGAAUGACGAAAAUGGAGACAAUAUCGGAAAAUGGUCACGUCCAGCGGCCGAAUGCAGUCCUAUCACGUGUCAACCAGAGUUCAAGGAGACCAGAACCCAGAAAUUAAGCUGCACUAACGGCAAUGCUAAAAAUAGCGUAUGUACUUUUAUGUGCGCGGAAGAUUACGACCUCGAUGGAGGCAUUGAAAGAACUCAAACAUCCACUUGUCAACCACCAGUAGACGGAACAUCGAUAGGAAAAUGGACGAAGAAUAAACAACCGGAAUGCACUUCAAUAAAAUGCCCCCCGCAACCUUUCCCUGAUAAUGGCUUUCGAAUUUGCUCUACCUUCGACUUCAUGCGCGGCACAUUUUGUGUAUUCAUGUGCGAAGAUGGAUACGACUUACUUGGCAAAUCGUACAUGUCUUGCCAAGAUUCUAAACAAGAUGGUGAUGCAAUUGGUGAAUGGACUGACCCGACGCCGACAUGUAGACUCGGGCAAUGUACUGUCACGAAAUAUGACAAAAGCACUGUUGUUGAAGAUUGUGCGCCUCCAAAAGGAUACAAGGUUUCAGAAUACAGAGUGGGCACAGUGUGCACAUACCGAUGCAUAAGUGAUGCAUACUACAUGGUUCCCAACGUAGGCGAUGAACCAGUAAUGAGUGGGGAAACGAUAAGUAAGUGUAAUAUCGAGAAAAAAUGGACAAAAAAAGAACCUAGGUGUCUUAAAAAAACAUGUCAACCAAAAUUGUUACCACCUGACAAUGGAUACCCUCCACUUUGCACAAAUGGAAACGACUUUGGUUCGAAAUGUACAUUCUCUUGUCAAGAAAAGCAUGCAUUGACUCAAGAACGACCUCUGGUGUGCGAAGCUGACGAAGACAAUGAUCAAUACGGUAGGUGGAGCGAGAUUAUUCCGGAGUGUAAACGCAGCCAUUGUGAUGAGUUUGGAACAGUUUUACACGGCAAGAUCAACUGUACCGAUGGAACGAAAAUCGGCUCUGUGUGCAAUCUUAAAUGUAUUGAUCGUUAUACAGCCAAACGAUACGAAGAAACUGAAUGUCUCGAUACAAUAAACUGGAGCAGACGACAGUAUUACUGCUGCGUACGAUGUUUGUUUAACAGGCGCUUGAAAAUCACAGCGGUAUUUGAUACCACCGCGUUUUCAAACACGUGA